AUGGAAAAUCAAGAAGGCGGAUCUCCAAAACAGAUUGCGGCCAUUCCGUCAUUGCUCACCCAACAAUCGCUGCCUUCGGCAGCUUCAACAGCGUUUCGAGAUCACACAUCAGAGAGUCAAGAUGAGCUGUCCCCCACGAAUUCAUCGCAGGCGCCAACACCGGCUGGGCCGAUCAGCGCGUUCCGCUUCUCAUCCGCAUUUUUUAACCCUGAUAUUUUACGUAAUCUAAAUAUUCAGAAGUCCUCUCCACCAAAACUACCUACGGAAGACGUAUUACCUCCACAAGCAUCGCAAUCAUCAUCGGAUACCCCUGCAGAACCACCACCUACAUCAUCACAACCACCUGUCAUUCAAAUUGCCCAUCCCCUCCCUUUACAAAUCAACCCUGAUUCACCAGCAACACCAAAUCCAAACUCAACCGUUGUACUGCUAGACUGGUUGGGACAUCGUGUACUGGCACGAGUACCUCCAGGUGUUUAUCAAUCGGGUUACGUAAAAAACGCAACAAAUAAUAGAGAUAUUACUGUACAGUUGGAUGAUGGUAGAGAAGCUAAAUAUAAUAAUGUGACACACGCGUUCAAUCUGUCGUUGGUAAUCGCCGAUCAGGCUCCUAGUCAUUCUGAAUUAAUAACAAUUGGGUCAAAUUCGAUUCUGGCAGUACGAUUACCAUUGGAGAGGUCAGAAGCGGUAUACCGUACGGCUGAACUAUUACCGAGUAAAGAAACUGCUCCUAGAUUUUUGGUGAAAGUAACUAACGCUAAUUACUCAAGUCUGGUGUCUCGAGCAAACUUGAGAUUGCUGAGGCCUCCUUGGUUUGAGGAUUUGAUGCAAAAUACACAAACAUCGCAAAGUCUUGCAACAACACCAGUACCCUCGUUGCCGAGUACAACAGAAAAUGGCGGAAGUGUAACAAAUACAGGAAAUGUUUCUUUGCUGAUGGCUCUGCAACAUCAACAACGGCGUUCACAAAGUUUUCAACAUGUUGUCACUACGCCUUCUGUAUCAACACCAAUCACAUCCAGUCAAACCGGGGCUCCGGUGUCACCAACUGGAACUGUUACAUAUCCGGCGACACACCCAUUCACGUCAAAUCAGGAAUCAAGCUCUAAAACGGUGUCCGUGGAUUCUGACGAAGAACAUCCAGACUCGUCAAACCAGGAUCAGUCGAGUGAACCUUCGCCAACCACAGUAUCCAACGCUGCUCCACGAUCACUAUUUGUCAAUCCUUCACAAGAUUCUGGAAUAUUUGAAGGAGAUUCGGAGGGCCAGCAGGCUAAUAUGUUCCAGAAUAUCACAGCGCCAGUAUGUGCAACAAAAGCCAUGUUAGACCAGCAACGUUUCAAAAAAGGCGAAAUCGUGACGACGCAGUGUGGUAUUCGAAAAAAGUUCAAUGGGAAACAGUGGCGACGGCUGUGUUCAAAAGAAGGUUGUAAUAAGGAGUCCCAACGACGUGGUUACUGCUCACGCCAUCUGUCUCUCAAAAGUAAACCACCGCACGGUCAUCAUAUGGAAAGAAGCCCACCUGGAAAUAGCAAGCCUGAGUUAUUCCAUCCCGAACCAACAGUUUUCCUACCCAACUCAACAUCCACACGUGUUCCAACCACAGUCAACACCUCUGUCUUUUCCGCCGGGAAAAUCAAUCCGUUAUCAGCUCCAUCUUCUCUGUUAUCGGAUAAGAGUCUACCACCACAAUUUUCGGUUGAACGUGCUCAACAAAUUCAGCAACAGUUGAUGCAAAUUGGAAACGUCAGAUUUGAGAAUCAGUUUCAGCAGCUCCAACAACUCCUUAUGCAGCAAGUGCCAGCAGGUCGGAGACCCGACCUCCCAGCCAUCACCCAGGCAAAUUCGGUUUUCUGCCCACCGUUAGGACUGACUAAUGCGGCAUCAGGACUAUUCAACAUCAAUCCAACUUUAUUGUCCCAACUUACCGCUCCAUUGUUACAACAGCAAGCUCAGGCACUUCUCCAGCAACAGUUGAAUGCACAGAACAACAAUCAGGCAAAUAAUAACAAUGUGAAAAUCGAAAAAGAAGAUGACGAGCAAGAUGAAGACGACGAUGAUGGCGGAAGUGACAACGUCAGUAUUUGUCAGAAAACCGAGGAACGUUCCGACGAUGAUGAUGAUGACAGCUCUGGAGGAGGCGGCGGCCUCGCGUCAACAGGAUCCUCAAAUCCAAACGGGUCUAGUUCAACUUUUCCAAUUAACUCAACACGCAGUGGAGAAUCAACGGUAACACCUCCAACUGAUCAAAAUCAGAACCAACAGAGCAAUUCCAGAAACUCGAGUGCAGAACUAACUGGCUACGAUAUGUCCCACGAGCUAUCAGUGGAGACCAGUGAUGCUGGUCCGCCGUCACUUCCGUCACAGCCAUCCUCCGCAUCCAUCGGCAGCAGUGUCAACUCAGCGUUCCGAUCACCAGUGAAAAUCGAGCCUAAGGAUGAUUACGAACAGCCACAAGUGAAAGAAAUGAUCGACAUCAAGCCAGAGGUUUUUCGCUUAGCCAAGGAGAGACGACGUUCGAAAACAUCAGCGACUGAACCUCACGUUCGCCGGCCCAUGAAUGCAUUCAUGAUCUUUUCGAAACGUCAUCGCCCGCUUGUCCACAAAACUCACCCGAACAGUGAUAACCGAACUGUAUCCAAAGUGCUCGGGGAGUGGUGGUACGCCUUGGCGGCUGAUCAAAAAGCGGAAUACCACAAGCUUGCUGCACAAGUGAAAGAAGCACAUUUCAAGGCUCAUCCUGAUUGGAAAUGGAGUAAUAAAGAGAAGAAGAUCAAGUCUGAGUCAUUGAAUACAACGCCGGUGGCAAUGACUCCUCUCAAAAACAAGGUGUUCGACUUCGAUUUCCGUAGCGCGGCUGACGAUCUUGCAAAGUCUUUUGUAGAUGGUACUGCUCUACUGAGCCCAAUGACUCCAAUGACACCAGGAGCAUCAGUGUACAGAAAUUUGUCGUCAUCAAUGGACUCGAUGUCAAUUCCUUCAUCAUCGUCUUCCUUUGACUUCACAACUCUACCAAUGCUGAGUCCAUGCCUUUCGGCGAUGUCGGUUAACACACCAAGCAUCAAAGGGUCCCCUGCGCCAAGCUCUGCGUCUUCGACUUUCCACUUUGAUUUUGACUGUUUCAAACAAGGAACUAACGGGGUGUACCCUACCUUCAACCCAGCAAUGAUAAGUACACUUGUCAACUCGUCAACACCAUGUCGACCACUACUGCCCAUGUACACUACCAACACAUCCUCAUUCUACUCGCCAACUGCGUCCGCAUUCCGCGUUCUGAACCCAGCCAUCACUUCAUUCAUUGGCAGUCUUCCUGCCGUUGAAUCUGUCACAUCGUCCCCUAUUUCGGCUGUCACACCAACAAUGACGAUGAAGAUGUCGUUCCCCGAGACUGCCAACCUUCUCCCUCAACUACAAGAAAAGUUGGAGAGUGUCAGUUUCAUUGACCAAGUCAAGCUUGAGCCAGUUGAGACACCAGCACCAGUUCCAGCUGUGGUGCGUCCGACUCCGAUUCCAACCGCUCAAUUUUUGGCGCCAACACAGCAAUUCGUUCUUCAACCAACGCCUGCUCAACUCGGAAUGAGACGCAACAAGCGUCCUCUCAGAGAGAUUGACACCGAUCCCACCGUUUCGGCGAAGUUGUUCAAGCGCAACGAUGAACGGAUGGACAAACUUCUCGCCAAAGUUGGGUUCACCGAGAAAUUCGCGCAGCUUCCGGAAUUUACGCCCAAGAUCUACAACGAGAUUCCUGCGUCACCAAAUUUGCCAACGCCAUUCAAGACACCGGGGCAAGAUACCUCGAUUUUCUUCGGUGCGAACUUCAAUCCAGACCAACAGUUCUUCACCGGAGACAGUGUGACGCCAAAGUCUGCAUGCACUCCGAUCACUCCCUUGACAUCCGGACAGUCAACUCCAUUGUAUGGAGAGAGAUCUUCAAUCAAGAAGUUGUUGGAAGAGCGUAGAAGAUUGGUGGCCGAAUUUUUGAAGCAACAAGGACUCUUUCCAAAUAAUCAUUCCAUCAGCAAGUUCCAAGAACUCCACAGUGAAGUGUUCCCAACUCGCACGUCUCUCAUCCUUAAGAUCCGUGAAGUCCGCCAACGAAGGAUGUCUAAUAGCAAUGAAACCAUGAUUGAGCCAAGCUACAAACCUACUCUUGACAACAUCUUCUCUGCCAUAUACGAUAAAUAUCCAAUUGAACACAAACUCCCAACCCCGAGCUUCCCGCCAUCCACUGAACUGAUCGAUAUCACUGUUUGA